AUGCAGCGUCGCUAUUUUAAUACGGAUAAAGUCCUACAGCUGUUAUUUGACGACGACAUUGAUGAUGACAUUGAUUGUCUCAGUAAUGGAUAUCCUGACAGCAUGGACUCAGCUGAGGAGGAGCCGUUUGACGAGCGCAUAGAUCCCGUUUUGGACGUAGGGGAGUCUCCUGUAGAUGUGGAGGUGGACAGUGGAGAAGAACAGAGCGGGACAUGCCCUACACAAAUUGGCAGAUGAAUUGGGAGCUUCAGAACAUCUGGUGCAGGUUGCUGCAGCUUCUGCUGAAAUACAGAGGCUGUCUGGAGAUAUCACAAUACCUGCCACCACUCCUGCUGCUGCCCCACCAAAGCCUUCCACCUCCACUGCUCCUUCUGUUGCCCCACCACAGUCUGCUAGUCACCGGCUACAGCCUGCCACGGCCACUGCUGCUGCUGCGGCUGCCUCCUUCUCCCGGCCUGCUGCCGCUGCCGCUGCCUCCUCGUGCCGCAAGCGACCUCCUGCUGAGACUGUCACCCUCUCCCCCUCCUCUCCUGCCCGCCGUCGCCCUCCAGUUGCCUCUGCUGCACGCUGCAAGGGUCCCUGCUGCUGCUGCGGCUGCCUCCUCCUCCCGGUCUGCUGCUGCUGCGGCUGCCUCCUCCUUAUGGCCUGAAGCUGCGGCUACCUCCUCCUUAUGGCCUGAAGCUGCGGC